AUGUCACCCAUUAAAACGCAUUGGACGCGCCUCAUCCGGUUUGUCGCGGCCGAGACGUCUCAAGUUCAUAUCGGUCAGCCCGUCGAGGCCGCGCUUGACGUCGGCUUGGCAAUUAGUCAGCGCAAAACGGUCCAGGCCUACGAGAUCAUUGGCUCUGCUCUCAAUCCAGAUUCACAAGUGUCGCGUAAUGUCCUCACCGUCAAGGAACUGCUCGCGCCUUUGUCUAGGGAGCAAAUCAAGAUUGUUCGUUGCCUGGGACUCAAUUACGCCGAUCACGCUGCCGAGGCGCAAUUGGCGAAGCCAAACGCACCUGUUCUUUUCUAUAAACCUGCGACCGCAGUCAUCGGGCCCAAUGCUCCAGUUGUGAUCCCCAAAGUCGCACAGCCAGUCGAUAGAAAUCUUCCCGACUACGAAGUCGAGUUGACAGUCGUGAUUGGAAAGCCUGCGAAGAAUGUCUCAGAGACCGAUGCGCUUGAUUAUGUCUUGGGAUACACAGCUGGAAACGAUGUUUCAUUCAGGUUCCAUCAGAUGAAUGUCUCGCAGUGGGGAUUUUCCAAGAGCUUUGAUAACACAUCACCCAUUGGACCCUGCUUGGUUUCUGCAGCAGCUAUCCCAGAUCCCCAGAACAUAACACUGAAGACAGUCGUCAACGGACAAACCUUGCAAGACGGUACGACUGCUGAUCAGAUCUUCAAUGUUCGUCAAACUGUAUCCUUCCUGUCUCAAGGCACUACGCUUGAGCCGGGGACCAUCAUUAUGACCGGCACGCCCAAAGGAGUUGGUUUCGUCAAGAAGCCCCCUGUCUAUCUCAAAAAUGGAGACGAGAUGAAGCUCUACAUGGGCGCUGGCAUCGGAUCUCUGAUCAACCCCGUGGUAGAGGAAGGCAACGCUGCUGUUGCAGCAAAGCUGUAA